AACUUGUGUAAGCACUUUUCGGCGAAGAGUCAUGGGAUGCUCCGCUUUGCGUUGGCCCAUCAAAAGUGCCUUUCGAUAUACUAUAUAUGGGCUGAGCAACUGGUCUGGAGAUGCCUAUAUAAACCACAGGACUUGGCGGAUUAGACAAGCAUUUACUCAGAUUGCCCAAUGCAAAGACCGAAGGGCCUGAUUUCGCAGCCACUUUACUCCUAAGAUUGCUCACCAUGUCGUCCACGCCUUUCAACUUACGUGUCGAAAAUGCCCGGGAUGAGGACUUGCCACGAUGCAUGGAAAUCGUUCUUGAAGCGUUUGGGCCAUUCCCGGUGAUGAAAUUGAUGGGAGGGCGCAAUACGCCAGAUAACCGAAAGUUUAUGGCAGAGCAGCACCUGACCGGCUUCAGAGAACACGCGGCAAAGUAUCCCUCUGUGUGGCCGGCCAUCAAAUGCGUACACACGGAUCCUGCUACUGGGGAAGAGAUUAUCAUCGGAUAUGCAGAGUGGUUCGUUUGGGACAGGGUGAGAAGCGAGGAGGAGUACAUGCAGGAGAAUCACAUUUUGCGCAUGGAAUGGAUCGAGGACGAGGGUAACAGGCAAAAGGCUCUCGAGCUCAUCCAGCCAGAAGUCGACAUGCGGAGGAAGCUCAUGAAGGGGCGGCCGUUUGCGCUGCUGGGCUGGAUGUGCGUCGAUCCUGCGUACAGGCGGCGAGGGGCGGCGUCGGCGUGUGUCAGGUGGGGGAUGGAGAGGUGCGCUGAGCUGGGGAUUCCGGCGUACUUGGAGGCGAGUGAGGAAGGGAUGAAGACUUAUAAGAGCUUGGGGUGGGAGGUGUUUAGUGGAGAUGGGGCGGAGGAGUUGGCGUAUCCGCCGAUGAUUUGGUGGCCUCCUAAUGCUGUGAGGAAUUAGAGCGGAUGUGGAUGUGGUUUUUGGAGAGCGUGGGUAUGAUUGGUGAUUGAUUAGGGAGGAUUGGUAUAAUAGUUGCGGUUAG